AUGGUUGAGCUAUCAUGGAGCAGAAAUCCCGUUUCAGAUCAACGACCCCCAAAGAUGAAACCACUGGUCCCUCCCACGACAUUGCAGUCGCAAGCACCCACAGCUCGCUUCGAGCCAUGUGCUUCGACUCCGUCAUUAUUCCUCUAUGCCCAGGGAUCUUCGAUUAUAUGUCUUCAUCACGAUACCUUGGCUCUUGAGCGACGAUUCGAAAAUCAUCAAAACGAUAUAGGAUUCAUCUACGUGGACAAUGUCAGCGAGCGGGGAGCAGGGAGGUUGGUUGUGAGCUAUGACGUUGGACAGACGGCAAUUGUUUGGGAUCUGUUCACAGGAGGCAUAAUUGCUAGGUUUGCCUCUGUCGAGCAGCUUAAAGUGGCAGCUUGGAUGAGAAACGGGAAUGUGGUGUUUGGCAACGAGAAAGGAGAUGUGAUCAUUUUUGAACCUUCCACCUCGGAGCAUACUUCCUGUCGCACCAUCUUUGAUCCCAUCACAGCUUUAGCACCAGCCACAGAUUGUCGCACAUAUGCUAUCGGUUACCAGAACGGCUCCAUAGUGCUUGCAACUCUGCAUCCGACAUGUACCAUCCUACACACCAUGACAGCUUCCAGAGGGCCAUCAGCUAUACUGUCAUUAGCAUGGCACGCAUCAUCGUCCAAACAGAAGUCUGAUAUGCUGGCUACCUUGUCAGACAAUGGCGAUCUGAGGGUCUGGAGUGUAGCAAAGCCUCCUGGCAAGGAAGUCCCCCGUGUGAUACGAGUCCUCAAGCGGUCAGAUGGUUCUCCGGCCUCCGAGCCCAAGUGGAUGGCUUGGUCAAAGAACGGGAGGAUUGUACAGUAUCUUGAAGGAGAAACAUGGGCCUGGGACGUCAAAACGAAGCACGUCACAUACGAGCCGAUUCCAACAAUAGACAAACCCCGCGGGUUUGCCAGCUACGGCCCAACAGCCACGCUUUUCACACUUGGGCCGCAAUAUACAGUUCAACAGUACGAUGUAGACAGUCCUGCGAUGGUCGCAAACGUACAACACGCCCCACACGGGGUUUUGCCAGCUCCUUUAGAGCCAUCGAGGCUGCGCACCCUACAGGAUCCCCCGGACAUGAGGGAGUCAGGCGCUAUGUUUAAUACCCGGAGAACGCCGUUUGAUCUGAAUGGGAUUGAAGACGUCCGACAACAGCGAGCAGACAUAAGCAGUCCUGCUUCCUCGAGGAGCCACGCAAAUUCGGUCAGUUCAAAGACGUCCUCGGAAAACUACCAAACGGUGCCAUAUUCACCACCGAGUCGAUCCGGCCACACCGGAACCUCGUUUUCCUUGACUUCGGCAUCCGAUAGACAAACCCCUCAGCCAUCUGGAGCCUCUUUUGCGUAUGCAUCAUCCGUUUCAAUGUCGUCUAUGAAAAGCUCGCGUGCGGGUUCACGACUCAAGAAUGAAGUACAACUCAGUCCCGCAGAAAAGCCGGCUGAUCUGUUUCCAUUUACGCGCGCACGACUCAACGACGUGCCUUAUGGACAUCACCCCCCGCUUGAUGAGUCUCGCCUUACCCCGGACGAUCUGCGCCAGCAAAUGCUUAGCCUUGUAUUUGGCUUCAAUGGGGACAUUGAAGAACUGAUCAAGGACGAACGUAUCAACCAUCCCCCAUCCAGCCAAAGCGCCAUUCUUUUAGCACAAUGGCUAGGUGGGUUUGAUACAGAGAGCAUGUUAUCGCUGAUCAGCUCAAGCCCGACUUCGAUCACCGAUUGGAUGCUUCUCGCGUUCAGUCACAUUGAUAGAGGAUCUCAAACCAACAAGCUGGGACAAGCUUUUGUUCAGAAGCUAUUGGAAGUCGGGGAUGUUCAUACCGCGGCCACUAUGCUGCUAGCAUUGGGCGAUCGAAACGAUGCCAUCGAGGUCUAUGUUUCCCAGAACUAUUAUAUGGAAGCCAUACUAAUGACUUGCCUCGUGAUGCCUACGGAAUGGCGGCGGCAAUCAUUCCUUGUUCGUCGAUGGGGUGAACAUGUUGUGUCUCAAUCUCAGCAGCAGCUUGCAAUCCGCUGUUUUAUGUGCACGGGUGUGGAGCCUUCAGAGCCUUGGACAUCCCCAGCCGCGCAGCAAGCUACCUCUUUCGCUGAAGUGAUCGCAAAAGGAUCGCCUCUGACAUCGCCCGAGCCCCCCUACCCCAACCCAGCCAAUCCUAUGGUCCCCAGCUCGCAGCCUAUCGGCAAUGCCAGACAGCCGGUGAAGACGCCAGCUCUCAAGUUAAUCACGUCUUUUGACUCCCAGUCAGGCCAUAAGUUCAAGUUUUCCGGUUUGAAAUCAGAUGAUCGAACGCCAACCAAUGCUCCUGGGGUUACGCCAAUUGCCGAAUCAGCUGUGGUUGAAUCUGCUAUGUCUCCGGGCGGACUGGGGUCAUACAAGCUGAACAACAUUCAGAGCAUAAACAAUGCGAUGAAUGCACGUACAAAUACGCCAGGAUUCAACAGACGACGGCUCCCAUCCAUCGGAGAAACGCCGAUCGACGUUCACCCUCCUACAUUUCCAUCUGCCGUCUUUAAACAGCCGUUGGUGGACUAUGGAUCAACGUCGGAAAAUGAUGACAGUCAGCCUCCAGAUCAGGAUGACAAUGAAAAUGAGGAUGAAAGCCUAGGACUGUUGUCAUCGGCACGUUAUGAACCGGAUGAAUAUAAACCGAGCCCCCAGACUGCAGUUCAGGCCACAGCCGACAAGUUUGCCACCAUAAAGGGUCUCCCCUCUCCUGCCGCUGGGGUUUUUGAGGCUCUGAGAGAACGCUCAGACAGUCGAGCUGGAACUAGAGACCGAAGGCCCGAUGGUCUACACCUCCACUUGGAUCAUGGAAACUCUUCCCAGGAUGACAUACAGGAACAGUCUGACAUGAUGCUGGCCAACUCUAGAAGCCCAGCAUCGACAUUGAAUAGCUUUAGCUCUGCAAGGAGUCCCAGCGUUAGUGGUCGCAGCAUAGACCAAUACAUCAGUAGUCUGGGCGAGGCGAACUACCACACCAAGAAAUAUCAACCCCCCCGUUCUCAUGGUCGGGCAAGAAGGAACACGGACGACUCGAUCAGCCAGGCUUCAACUCGAAGGUACCGCUCCAGAAAUGUUUCCAAAGACACUCGUGGACGAAAUGAAAAUCGACACAUACAAGCCGCAAAACGCUCACCGUCUUCGCCCGUUCCAAUGUCACCAGAGGAUCUGGCUCAAAUAAAUGCAAAUGGUACGGAUAAGGCGUCCUCGAGGACACGGAGUGCCAGUAGAGUCCGAAAACCACGCUCUCGGAACUCCUCUGAGCGCCGCCAGAACCGCUCUGCGAGUCGAACCACAGCCAGUCGCGUUGGUGCAGACAGAAACGAUCCUAUCAGCCGAGGACGCAGCAUAGACAGACAGGGGUCAAGUUCUAGGUCUCCUUCGUCUCCAUUGCCUGCUACGAAUGCCGACAAUGCACUCAGGCUUGUCACAAGCGACCGGGAGCGAUUGCGAAUCCGCCAGCGGAGCAGCAGUCGGCGGCCGGAUAAAGGUACAGGAUCAAGAACAGAUGUAUCCUCCGAUACAAAGUGGGCAAGUGCACGGUCUCGUAGCCGUCAAGAUCCGGAACGACGAGCUGGCACCGAGCAGGAAGCAUUCGACCCUAUUCCAACUGGCAACUAUCACGGGAAUGUCUUCUUAGUAUCUGCCCCGGUAACAAUCCCGCAGAUCAGUCUCGCUGAGCAGAAACGGAAGGAGCUUGCCGCCGCAGAGCUGGAAGCACGUCGCCUUUCACUUGCGCGCAACCCGUCGGCGCCUAAUAUACCAUUUCCUGGAGAGCGACAGCCGACUCGGAUGGGCUUUGAAAGCCCGCCAUUUUCAGUCAACGCUUUUGCGCCACGUACCCCUGGUCGCAACCGGGUCCCUACAAACAAAGGAUCGCCGGAGUAUCCCAGUAGCUCUGACUCAAAUUCGUCCAAGUCUGGUGUUCCCUUGGGAUUGCCCGCGACUCCCAAGUCGAGGAACACGAAGCACAAUGGGUACGAAGAGACUACAUUAGUUCCUCCGGUGUCUGACAGCAGUGCUCUUCUCAGUGACGCUAGAUACCAGGGCGAUGCUGAGCGGAUUGGCCGCUCAAUGUCCGUCCCCGUCCCGGAAAACCAUCAGCCUGGUCCCAUGCCCACGGAUCUCCCAAUGCAUCCGAGAUUCAACCCUCACCUGCCAAGAAGUCGGUCAACCAGUCGAACACGGAGCAUGGCGCACCGCCGAGACAGUGGUGGAUAUAGCUAUGGCGGUUCUCCCGUGACCGUGAGCAUUGAGGAAACAAUUGAAAAUGCUAUAUCCACCCAGCAGGUCGAACACCCUCCCAUCUUGCCAGAACUCCAACAUCUCAACCCUCCGCCGCCACCACCACCCCCAGCGGCUCCUUUGGCAUCGCCCCGCGAGUCUUCGGGGACGAUAGACAUUGCCAUCGACAAUGAGGAUUUUGGACGACUGCUCCCUCGAGCGAUGACCGCAGCUCCUGCGUCCCACAUGGACGGCCGACCAGGACUGGAACGCCGCCGCAUGUCCUUCGAGCAUCGACGAGGGCGCAGCGUGAAUGAGAGUCUCAGCACUAGAAUCCGUAACUUGACUCGGAUGGGUAGCGCAAAGGGCCCUGACAGCUGGGUUUCCCCAGACAUUCCGCUCCCAUACGAGAGUGUACAGAUAUUUGAGGGUCGCUUCUAA